AUGACAAAUUGGGACGAAAAGCGAACAUCUUGGCCAUAUGUUCAAGUCUGCCGGAAACGUCUUGAACUUCCUCUACUCUGCGCCGCAUCACAUAAUUCAGAGAGAACCGAACGACUGACAUGCCACCUCCCAUACAGUAUCAAGAAGCCCAAGACCAACCGUUACCCCUCCCUCCGUGGUGUUGACGCCAAGUUCCGCCGCAACCACCGUCACGCCCUGCACGGCACCGCCAAGGCCCUGAAGGAGCGCAAGGAGGGCAAGCGUGAGGUCGCGUAAAUGUCUUUCUGAAUGUGAAAAAUUGAAAACUGGAGAGGAAACCAGUGCGCGCAAGGACAUGGGGAUUACAAUAACGUGCGAUGAUCAAAGAACAUUCGCUGUGUCGAAUAGGCCUGGUUUCUGCUUGUUCCUUGCGCGCUAGCGUCCUGGGUUGUUUGAUAAACAAGAAUCAACAGGCUUAAAUUCGAUAUCCACGCAGCGGUGCCAGUCCCAAAGCAGGACAGCAAUUCCCCCAUCUUCCA